AUGGUCAGAAUCGCCGCCCUCGUUGCCCUCGCCGCCCCUCUGGUCGCUGCUGCUCCUGCUCCUGUUCCCCAGGAUGCUGGAGAUGUCAGCAUCCCCAACAUCGUUGGUGGAACUUCAGCCUCUGCUAAUGAAUUCCCCUUCAUCGUCAGCAUCACCAACAAUGGCGGUCCCUGGUGCGGUGGUACUCUCAUCAACGCCAACACUGUCAUGACUGCCUCCCACUGUGUCCAGGGACGAUCUGCCAGUGCUUUCGCCAUCCGUGCUGGAUCUAACUCUCGCACUUCUGGUGGAGUUACUUCUCGUGUCUCCAGCAUCAGAAUGCACCCUCAGUUCAGCGGUUCUACCCUCAACAACGAUGUUGCCCUCCUGAAGCUGUCCACCUCCAUCCCCACCAGCAGCACCAUCUCCUACGGUCGCCUUGCUGCUUCCGGCUCUGACCCUGCUUCUGGCACUCAGCUCACCGUUGCUGGCUGGGGAGCUACUACCCAGGGCAGUGCCUCCAGCCCCGUCAACCUGCUCAAGGUUACCGUUCCCGUUGUCUCUCGCGCCAGCUGUCGAUCCAGCUACGGCACUUCUUCCGUCACCGACAACAUGUUCUGUGCUGGCUACACCCAGGGUGGUCGCGAUGCUUGCCAGGGUGACAGUGGUGGUCCCAUUGUUGACUCUUCCAAGACCGUUGUCGGUAUUGUCUCUUGGGGUGAGGGAUGUGCCCUGGCCAACUACCCUGGUGUCUACGCUCGCGUUGGCACCCUCCGAUCUUGGGUUGACAGCAACGCCUAA